UGGUCAUAUUUUAGCAUGCCUCAGCAGAUCCCUCUGUGCUGCUGCAUGCCAGGUGUGAACACACCAUGCCCACACAUCCUGCACACAGUUAUGUGUUCACACAGGCUCGGCCAGAGAAAAAAAAAAACAGUAAUGAAUACCACAUACACUAUACAGGUUCUCAAGCUGAGGAGCAACACUGCACUUUCUCAUGUAACCAGUGCCACUCCCUGCCCAUAUCUGCAUCAGGUGACUGUAGGAAGGCGUGGUAUUACACAGACUUCCCCUUUCUUUCCCUCUGUUCCUGAAUUUUUUAUACCAACAACAAUUCUGCUCUCAUUUCAUGUAAAGGAGUUUGUUCCUAAACGCUAGUGGUGCAGUUUGAACUCAGUCAGUAUGGCAGUGGCAGGGGGAAUCAAGUGUGUGAAAUAUCUCAUGUUUGCCUUCAACCUCGUCUUCUGGCUUGCAGGCACAGCUGUCUUGGCUAUAGGCCUGUGGUUACGAUUUGACUCAAAGACCAAAGGCCUGUUUGAAGGAGCAGACUCUCCAUAUGUCUUUUACACAGGUGUAUAUAUCCUGAUAGGAGCUGGAGCACUGAUGAUGGUGGUGGGUUUUCUGGGAUGUUGUGGAGCCAUCCAGGAGUCUCCCUGUAUGCUGGGACUGUUCUUCUUCUUCCUGCUCAUCAUAUUUGCUGUUGAAGUUGCAGCAGGAAUCUGGGGAUUCUCCAACCAAAGCAAGAUAGUGAGCGACAUCACCACAUUCUACAUGGAGACAUACAACGAGUACAAGAGCACAGGAGAUGAACGGCUCCGCGAGACUCUGCGGGUGAUUCAAACUGGGUUGAACUGCUGUGGUCCGACUGGAACUGUCGUAGACUCUGCCAAAGAAACCUGUCCGCCGCGAGAGUUGCUGGAGGAGCUCAUUACCAAGGGGUGUCGUGACGCCAUCGAUGAGGUGUUUGACUCCAAGCUACACAUCAUUGGAGGAGUGGGCGUCACUAUCGGGGUUGUUAUGGUGUUUGGGAUGAUCUUCAGCAUGCUCCUGUGCUGCGCCAUUAGGAAGUCUCGGGAGGUAGUGUGAUGAUGACCCCCACCAUCACACCCCUAAGUCCUUGUUAAUGUGCAUGAUGUCAUCCCCAGAGUCACAUGACUCUCCACUGCCAAUAGAAACACUGCUUGUUCAGGAGGAAUAACCUAAGCUAGGCUCGGUACAGAUAUCCCUGACUGUUACACCGCACAGACCUGCUGAGUAAUGUGGAGGAGAAUGAUUUACGUCAGGUGUAACUAUACCACUCGACGCUCAGGCCAACUUCCCUGGACUAGAUAGAUGUGAUGUGGUUGAUAGACCCAACUAUAAAAUGGGUGCCAUCUGUGUUUCAAUGGAAAUGUAGUACAGAAAUGUGUAAUUUGUGGUCAUUUGAUUGAAAUUAGUGUUUGUGAACUGCUAAUUAUCUAAACAAAAGAUCAUAUUAAUGUAUUUUAUGCACAUUUCUACUGACAUCACUGCGGGUCACCCACUGGCAAGAGGAGUCAUGGUCCAGGGCCAAAAAAAAAGAAAAAAAAAAAAAGACAACCACCACCACUUCAGCACGAUGCAGCAAAUAACCAAUGCAAUUCUAUUUUUCCUUCUCUAAUAACACCGAAAUCAAACCAUGGUGACUAGUAGCCAAUGAAAUGCCUGGCUGUGAACUGGGGUGAAUGUGGAUUUUCCCAGCUUGGUAUUAAAGUAGCAUCUUGGUUCCUUCAGUGUAAUAACACAAUUCAUUUGUUUCUCUCCUCUCUUUAUUUCUGUUUCCCCAUUUGCCCAUACUGAAAAAAAAACGCCUUCAACUUUCUGACUCAUUUUGUAACUGUAUUUUUUUUCAUUUGUAAACAAUUUCUAAAUGUACAUGGUUGUACGGUACAUGCAGUUUGAUGAAUGAUGUAAUGUAUUUUAUAAUAUCCUUUUCAUCUCACAGAAAUUGGAUUGAUUUAUACCGUAUGCACUUGUAUGUUGCACAGAAACAAAGAUGCUACGAAGAAAGCCAAAUAAAUCACAAUCUACU